UCUGUUAUCAAAGUAUUCGCCAGCCCUGGCAUCCACCCCCACCGAAUAAUUCUCUGGUAAUUGAUUAGCCGGCUGAAAAUGGAAAAGUUUAACAAAGCGCAGGCUAAAAAUUUGGCAGCAGCCCAAAAACUAGUAGAAACCUAUGCAUCCAGCUCCGAAGAUGAAGGCGAAUUGGACGAGAAGCAAAUUUUGGACCAACUUUACAAGCACUACAAACCGUCGGACGGAAGCUCAAAAGAUGCCGCUCGAACCGCCACGUUCCUGGAAAACACUCUUCAUUCUGGUGCAGCCACCUGCCUCAUUUGCAUCGGCAGCAUCCGCCGGGUGGAGGCGAUUUGGUCGUGCGAGAGCUGCUACUGCUUCUUCCACCUGAACUGUAUUCAGCGCUGGGCCAAUGACAGCAUGAUGCAAAUGAAGGUGAAAGCCGCCGAGCAGCAAAAUGGCCAGGGACACUACAAUCACCUGGGCGAGUUUGUUCCUCCAAAGCGCCAGAAGUCGCUGCACUGGUGCUGUCCUCAGUGUAGAAGGGAUUACCUGCCGGCGGACAAGCCCACGCAAUACAACUGCUUCUGUGGCAAAGAAGCCAACCCUCAGGCUCAGCCUUUUUUGGUGCCCCACUCCUGCGGCGAAAUAUGCGGAAAGCUGUUGCAACCAAAGUGUGGUCAUGACUGCAAGUUGUUGUGUCAUCCCGGUCCAUGUCCGCCAUGUGCCCAGCAAGCAAAUGUGUCCUGCCUUUGUGGCAAGUCCACUCCACGUUCGAUGAGGUGUAUUGACAAGCAGUGGAAAUGCCAACAGCCGUGCAAGCAACUACUGGCUUGUGGCAAGCACAAGUGCACCCAGGAAUGCCAUCGUCCAGGACAGUGCCCUCCAUGCAACAGCAAAAGCCUGCAGCCAUGCGAAUGUCAGCGAGAGUCCAAGAUGGUGAACUGUUCCGAUCGCAAGUGGAAGUGCCAGAAUGUGUGUGGCACACCCUUUGCGUGUGGACUGCACAUUUGUGAGAAGGUUUGCCACGCUGGACCCUGCAGUGGUGGGGAGUGUCCAUUCCAAGUGAGGAGUUGUCCAUGUGGAAAAAAUACUCAAGUGGGACCAUGUAGUGAGGCAGAGGAAACUUGCGGAGACACCUGCCAGAAGCUCCUAUCUUGUGGUCAGCACACGUGCACCCAAAGAUGUCAUCGUGGGCCCUGCAUCUCAUGCCCUGUGAGAACCAAAAAGAAAUGUCGCUGUGGGUUGCAUGAAAAGGAGCUACCCUGCUCCAAGGAGUUCACGUGCGAGACAAAAUGCAAGCAAAUGCGGGAUUGUGGAAAGCAUGCUUGCAACAGGAAGUGCUGCGGCGACCAGUGUCCACCAUGUGAAAAGAUUUGUGGCAAGCAGCUGAGCUGCAACAAGCACAAAUGCCAAUCCGUGUGCCACAACGGACCGUGCUACCCCUGCAAACUGGAAUCCCAGAUUAAUUGUCGAUGUGGGAAAACCAAACGGAGUGUUCCUUGCGGAAGAGAACGAAGUGCACGGAUUGUGUGCCUGGAACUCUGUCGUAUAUCUGCAAAAUGCCAUCACGCCAUCAAGCACCGCUGCCACAAGGGCGAGUGUCCGCCGUGCGGUCAAGUGUGCGGCCUUCCUAAUGACACCAGUGGAUGCGGACACAUUUGUAAAUCCCGAUGCCAUGAAGCCAUUCGAGUUAACAAGCCCUCAGAAGCAAGACCUCAAGCUAAAAAGUACGAAUAUAAAUCACUGCCCCAUCCGCGCUGCGAAGAAGGCGUCAUUGUGACCUGCAUCGGUGGUCAUGAGGUGGCCACCUGGCCGUGCUGGAACUCUAGACCAACUUCUUGUCAACGAAAGUGUGCGCGCCAACUCAAAUGCGGAAACCACAAAUGUUCCUUAGUCUGUCAUUCCGUGGCCAAUCCGAAGGAUAUGCAACAGCAGGUGGGCUGCGCUCCAUGCGAAGAGGGAUGCACAGUUCCCCGACCGGCAGGAUGCACUCACUCCUGUCCCAAGGGCUGCCACCCGCCACCUUGCAUGCCCUGCAACUUUGUCAUGAAAAAUAAAUGCCACUGCGGACUCAAUCAGUUGGUGUACAAGUGCAGCGAGUACUAUGACGAGAAUGGCACAGUUCAGGAGAUUAUCGAUCGGAGGGAGAAGUUACGCAGCUGUGGCAAUCGCUGUUUAAAGAAUUACCCUUGCACCCAUCGCUGUACGGCCAUCUGUCAUUCGGGAAAGUGUCCCAACCCGGAGCUAUGCCGGAAAAAAGUGCGCAUUUUCUGUAAUUGUAAGAGGCUGAAACUGGAGAUCGCUUGCGACAAACACCGAGCUGGGCAAACAUCCCUGGUAUGCGACUCCAACUGCAAGGCAGAGAUAUCGCGCGCCCAGGCGGCGGAGCAGCAGGAUCUUGAAGAGAAGAAACGGCGCGAAGAAGAGCGCAAUCGCUUGGAAUUGGAGAAGUUUGAGGCCAAGUUCGGCAAACGGAAGCACAAGGAACGCAAAACUGUGGAUAUGGGACCGCCCAAAUCGGAUAUAAACUGGCAGAAGAUUUCGAUUUAUGCUGUGUCGCUGCUAACAGUUCUGGGAGCCAUAGCCGUGGCCUUUUACGCUGACAGCUAAUUGAAUUAAUUGAAAGACAUCAAUUGAUUCAAAGAGAGUUUGUAAUAUCAAUUUAAAACGAUAAGAAUAAAAUUAAAACAAUGACUGAUAAGAA